AUGACACGACCGGUCACGGAGCCACAAGUUCAGCUCGACGGACCGCCCCAGGCCAAACGCGUCAAGCUCUCGCCUUCCAUUGGCAGUCACAUGGCUCAAGCGGCAACCAAAACAGAGCCACAAGCCAAGCAAGAGCCCGGAAGUACGAACACAUUGGCGAUCCAAGCUCAAGGCAGUUUUGAACGGUCAGUCGAGGUCGAACGGGCGCUCUUACCUCGGCCUCGACUGCCCGUUAAACCGGCGGCAUCCGGUCCUAGCGGUCAUGACUCGCCGCGCGUUGCUUCGUCUCAAACGGAUACAAUCACUCUUGAGGUCCCUCCCAACCCAAACUGCGUGCCCGAAUUGACCGCAGCUGUCAUCGCGGCUCAAGCUCAGCUAGCCCAUCCUCUUCCUCUCGUUCCUACGCACCCCGUCCCUCAAUCAUCCGCCCCCACCAAAUCCAAAUCCAGAAGGAAGCGACCCAAACCUCCCAAACCUCCCAAGCCGGCCAACCAACCCAAAGUUAAAGUUCGCAAGUCCAUGACUCAUGACGACGAUCCCAUGCAGGCGCUACGUCCCCGUCGCAACCCUUUCUCGACGUUGAUCCCACCCCACCCCGUCUUCUGGCGCAGCCCGGGGAUUCAGCCCAACUUGGCCGCUCUACCCCCACCACUCUUGAUCAAAUCGCUCGACCUGCGCUUACAAUCCGUUACGCACCUAAGCUAUUACCUCAACGGGUCGAAUAAUGUUCGCCUGAGCAAGGAAGAGAGUUACGUCAAGUGUUUUCGUCCUCUUGAAUGGUUCGGCGAUGCCGAGUUGAAGCAUUACGUCGCCAACAUUUUGGUCAAAAAGUUCCCGAGUUUGACCCAUGCCAGCUACACGGUCAGUGCCUUUUUUUAUUUUUUUAUUUAUUUUUAAUACUAACAACCGAUCGUACUCGAAGGACUGAAGAGUUUUUCAUCAAUUCCACCAGCUCCUUGCGGCCAUGUUGAUUCAAAACGAUACGAUUUCCUACAUCGCCUGGGCCUACGGACUCGGCGACUUGAUGCUGUUCGGUAAAGUCGCGCACGGCGAAGAAUCGUUCGCGCACCACCAAGACGCGCUCGCGAAUCUGUUCGAAGCGAUGUUGGGCGCUUUGGUCAAAGAUCGUGGAUCGGAGGGGGAGGCCGAGAUCAAGGAUUGGAUGGGCAAGAUCUUCUCGGAUGAGGUGUUCCCCGAGUUGAAUGAGAGGGCCGAGGCGAUGAAGGAAUGGCCUUUGAAGGAAAAGCUUCCGGACGAAGCGAUUGAUGUGCUUGCGGGCGAAGCAGUCGUGGGAACUGUCGCUGUGACUUGA